AUGGACAGACAUAUGACCCGAUCCGCUGCCUCAAAACAAGCAGAGAAUCCUGCAGGCCAGCGAAGCACAGCCUUGAAGGGUACUAAGGACAAGCAGAAAGUGGUAAAGGCGGCUGCAACAUCGUCCGCUGCAGCUAAGAAGAAAAGUCAGAAAGCUCAGGAGAAGCAGAGGGAGAAGGAGGAACGAACGGAUAAGAUACGCAAGAGAAAAUCAAAGAUGAUGGAGGAAGAUGAAGCAUCGCAUGAUGAAGAGGACGUAAGGCCCCAGAAGAAGAAGUCGCGCUCGCGCAACGACAACGCACAGGAGGAGGACGAGCCUGCCAAUGACACGGUGCAAGGCAACAAGGUAGCUGAUGUGGUGAUGCAAGACCAGACGGCUGACAGCGAGGGCAAGCAGCCCAAGAAGCCACAACCUAUGCCAAAGCGGAAGUACGGCCAACAUGCAAAACCUGCACCUACGCUAGACGCGGACGAGGAGGACCUGGCACGAACAUUGGUGACGUUCACGAAGAAGCAGGACAAGGGUAAGAAUCGCGCCAACAACUCGGAUGACGAGCGUAGCAAAUCCCCGGCCGCCAGCGACGAUAGUCGCAAGAAUUCUGACAAGGCCAAGCGCAUGGCUGCAGGCCCACAUGACAAACCAUCCGAUGACUCAGAUCAGGACGACAGCAGCAAGGAUGAUGAUCAAGAGGAAGGAGAGGCGUAUGAAGACGACAGAGAUGAGGAGGAUGAAGAGGAGACAGACCACGCAGAAGAGGGACAGAGCGACGACGAUGGGAUGAUCGUCUUGUCUGACUCCAGGCGCAAGGGCAAGGGUGCUCGUCCCAAGGCGUAUCACACCGGUGGGGCCAAGGGCGCGCGCCUCAGGGUGUCAGACUUGCCAACAUGGCUUGUUCCACUUUUCCAUGCAGCACAAGAUGCGCUGCGCCUCCGCACCGCUCUGAAGUCCGCCUGGACGAAGGAGCCGUCAGUCGUCUCCAAGCGGCUGCCCAGCGUGGAUGAUCUCAUCAAGGCGAGCGUUCAAGAUGCAUAUGAGAAAGGCGACAAGAAGGUGCGGGAUUCCUGGAGGAUGUUGCAGGAUCGGAAGGGCAAGGACAACAGCCAGAGAGAGCGUCAUAGGCAGGACAUGCACAAACUGAUUGUGCGCGCGUUAUCUCAAACUCGAAACGAGCUCAAGGGGAAGGCGUCCCAGGUGAUCCAGAAGGCUUACGACCUGAGCCCUCACCUAUACUCUCUUGAUGACAGGAGGCCAAUUGCGUUGUGGCUGAUCGGCAAGGUCAGCGUGAAGAUGGGCGAUCGAACGGCUUUGCUUCCUCGUUUCAUCUUCGGGGAGAUAGAACACAACCUUGGGAAGGAACAGGGCUCGUCCGUGGAGAAGAGUGAAGCACUGAUCAUGAAUUACAUCAUGAGCAAGUACAACCGCUUGCUACCUUUCAGGCACCCGGCAAUCCAAGAGCUGAUCUACCUGUACUGGGGGCCCGCCAAACGUGAGGGUGCGUGCAUCAAGGCGGCGAUGGUAGACUUCAAGAAGGUGCCUCUGAACCUCAUCGCACUAGUGUGCACCGCCAUAGAGGGAGCAUUGGCUGACGUCGCCGCACAGGUGGAAGAAGACAACGAAGUGAACCUGAAAUUUGCGAACUCGGUCUACGCCAAGAAAUGGGACAGCCUGAUGAGUGCACUGGAGUACAUGAAUAACAAGCCGUACCUUCAGGAGACGCAGUCACUAAUCUGGUCGUAUAUAAGGUCGAAGAUGCAAGGGGACGAGGAUGGUGAUAUGGACGCUGUGGAGGAGAACCAGGAGGAGGAAGAAGACGGGGAACGUGUGGGCGGUGCGGCUAUCGACCUCGACCAGCUGAACGUCACCUUGCCAGCCGUGGCAUCAGGCAGCAAGGCAAAGACUCCUGCGGCGUCCAAGACUGCAGCUGGAUCAUCGAAGGAUGCAGCGAACGCAGAGAGUGGACCGUCACGUCCGUCGCGAUCGAAGUCCGGCGCGAAGAAGGCCCAGGAGAGUUCGGGGGAGCAAACUUCCAGCAGCGAGCGUGAGGUCGAUGAACUCAGCAAUGAGUGGUAA